AGGGGCCUCUGUGUCUGUACCCCCCCGCCGGCCCCCCCUUCCUACUCCUCCCCCGGUUCCUUCCCCGCCCCCGCGCACAGCAGCACACCUGGACCACCGCGCGGCGGCAGCAGGUGAAGUCAGAGGAAACGCGUCGACUGACCCCGUGUGAAGAGGACCAGGACCCCGGACCCCGGACCCGGACCCGGACCCCGAGCGGGCCGGUUCGUUUCGGAGCUUCUGCGAGUUCGAAGGACUCCGAAAAACCUGAGCGGUGAGUUGUGACGUACACACGUACACGCACGCACACACACACGGGGCGGAAACGGUUUGAAACGGAGAAGUUAAUCAACGUAUUUUUUUAAGGCAUGUAGACCCGCGUUUGGAAGAAGGAGACUUCUCGCUCAAUCUAACUUGUGUUACUCAUCGUCUAACUUUGACGCACUUGUGACGCCUGAAGAACCCAAAAAUCACAGCGGUGAUCGGGCAGCAUGGGCGAGGCCCCCGUCAGAGACGACGGUGCAGUGACCGUAUCGGCAGAGUACGUGGGCUCGUUUCCCGUGGACGACCGCUGCCUGGAUGACCAGAUGAAGCUGCUGCACACUCAGCUCAAGUCCCUCAGAGCGUGCGACAGGCGGAGGCCCGUGUCCCUAAAGUUCUCCGUCAAAGGUGUGAAAAUGUACGAUGAGGACGAGACGACGCUGCUGAUGGCUCACGCGCUGCGUCGGGUCUCCCUGUCCACCGCCCGGCCCGUCGACGCCCAGUUCGCCUUCAUCUCCCACAACCCGGGCCGCGCCGACGGCCAGCUGUACUGCGACCUCUACCGGGCCAGGCACUCCAGAGCGGCGCAGUUCCUGAACCUGCUGCUGUGCCGCUGCUUCCAGCUGCGUUACCUGGAGAAGCACCCGGAGGAGGCCCGCGAGGACUCCGGGGGCCCGCUGCCUCGCCGCAACCCCUCCCUGCUCAACCACGGCUUCCCCCUCAGCGUCAGCGCCCUGGUCUCCUUCAGGAGAGCCCCUUUCCAGGGGCUGUUGCCGGGGACCACGGAGAAUCACAAGUCCUCCGACGAGCUGCCUUCCGAAUCCUUCCCCACCUCCUCCCCCUCGCUGGUGCGAAAGAAGGCCAUGCGCACCAAAGGGCUGCGCUCGGGGGCGUACCGCUCCUUCACCUUCACGCCGCUCAGACAGCGCUCCGUUCAGUGGCACCUGAGGGGGUCACCAGGAGGGCACAAGGAAGACGCGCCGGUGAGGAGAACCCGAGCGCCCAGAUUGGCCGAGACUGAAGAAGCUCUGGCGCAGGCGGUGUGGUGUUGUGCCGGAAUCGCAACUGAAAGCUGCUGUUCCCUGCUCGCAGACGAUGUUCUGGGAUCGUACCUCCUGUGUCCUCAUCCUAAAAAAAACCAAUGUGGCUCCCUCAUCAUUCGCAUGCCCUCUGGACUCCUCACGCUCCUCAUCAAAAACACCAGCGAAGGGAAAUUCCUGCUGGAGACGCACAGCACUGAAUUCGGCUCCCUGGCGGAGCUGAUCGAACACUACACGGAGACUCGGGGGGAGCUGGCGUGUCCGCUGAGCUGCGCCCGGGUGAACCACUGCUACGAGUGGGAGGAACACGCCAGCAGGCCGCCUGAGAAAGCCCAGCUUAAGAGUGCCCAGAGAAAGGAAUGGAUUUAAGCCACACACACACACACACACACACUGGAACCAGAGGAUGCCAACCUCGGACUAAGUGACUCUUUUCCAUUUUAUUUUGCACAUAAAUAAUCUCCUACCUUUUACUUCUACGUGUGGGAGUCUUCGUUAACUCAAUGCACCCGUUACCGGCGUUGGCACUUAAUGUCCAGUGUACCCGUCCUUCCAUCCGAGGGGACUCCUCUGUAAUAUGUUGGCCCUGCUGCUUUUUUGUGAUUUUUUUAAAUAUAAUCUUCUGUUAAGAAGUGGUUUUAUUUGUAUUUGGGGAUUUUAUUAUUUUAUUUUUUUUACUUCAAAUGUAAUCAUAUGAAACUGUUCAGUCCAGCAGAUUAUUGCGUACGGUGUCAAAGCCAUACAUUUGUUUUCUCUGUUUAGUUGUUUUUAUAAAAAUAAUAUUUUAUCACAUUAUUAUUCUUCUUUACUUUUGGGCUCCUGAGAAAGAACAUGUUCAAAUGAUCAGUGUUUAAAGUUUGUGAGGUGACCGCUUACUGGUUUUAACUGGUAAUAGUGUGCCGGGUGUGAUAUUAGGUCUCGAUCGUAUUUGAGAUUCUUUUAUUCAUCUUUCCACGAGUCUUAACGAACAAUUUUCAUAUCGUUGAUCCCUGUUUGAGAUUAAAUGUUUUCAAACCAAA